AACCUCAAACAAGCAGUCAGUCUGAAUCAAAUGAGCAAAGUUCCUCGUCUUCAAAACAACCAGAGCCUAAAGGUCGUUUUGGUCGAGUGUUGAAUUUCAAGCAAUAUUAUGAGAAGAAAACUGGAACUGGGCGGCAGUUUCCAUCAACUAAGGCAAAGAAAGGGAAAGGAAAAGGAACAGAAGUAGAAGCCAAAUCGCGGAACCAAGAAGUGGUGAUAUUUAUUGGAAUAAUGAAGUGGUCUGAAGAAUAUUUGAAGCUCAAGCCCAUGCGAGGGAAGCGUCUGGCACUCAAAGUAUGUAAAGAAGAUCCAUACAAAGUGUUGUGUGAGAAAGCUUUAGAGAAGUGGAAAGCCUACAAUCCUGACCUUUACAGUGAAAACCAUACGUAUGUUCUUUUACUUGACAGUGGCAAAGAGGCGAUAUUUUUACCUGGGCCUACGAAAGAAUUUUUUUCGUUGGGACGUUAUCAAGAGGAAAUAGGAAAGGAUUUUAAGAGAAUUACUAUGUACCUGUGCACUUCUGACGAUUUUUUGCAUUCAGAGAGAGCCGAUCGCGAGUCUCCUAUGGAGAAUGAAGACUCGGACUCAGCACAAGAAUUCAACAUUCAACCAAAGCGACUUAAAGAGGACUGUUUUAAUUGUGAAGUUGUUGACUGGGACCUCACUGAAUUUGAUGAUACAGCAGAUUUGAUCAACAAUGAUGAAGCAUUUGCCAUUGAACUCCAGAGACAAUUACAAGGUGAAAGCAGCUCUCAGAACUCCUUUCAAACAAGUGUUACUCAUAAUUUGCUCGACCAAACUGUGUCAAUCACGAAUGAUACAUCAGACAGUAAUCAAUUAGAGGGAACAAGCGGUAUCAGUACACCCCAUGAUUAUAGCACAAUUACUGAUGUGGUCCAAGCCUUGGAAAAGAGUGUGAACAAAGAAAAACAGUUUUUCAUCACGGUAAGACGGAGAACACCACUACCACGUGUGUUAAACUUGUGGCGAUAUGAAGCCAAGAAGCAAGGUGUACAUCACGAGUUGAGAAUAAAAUUUCUUGAAGAGGAUGGAAUUGACAGUGGGGCAUUGACAAGGGAGUUUUUUACGGAUGUAGUGCCUGCAAUAGGAGAUAUGCUGUUUCCUAGACUUAGGAAUGUAGUUGCAUUCCUGAAUGUUUUGGUGAGAAAAAUAACUCGAAAUCUGGCAUCCGUAUCAUGUUUGGCACUAGCCUGUAUAGCUGCAGGCCUUUAUAUAAAAGCGCACGCCCUUUUGGCAGCCAAGCGCGGAAAUGGUCUAAUUGUGCAUGUGCGUCCGGCUGUAGCUAGUUUUAAAGGUGGACCGCAAAUUGUAGACUUUAAUAGACUGUUGUAUCAUAGAACUGUUUCACUGUUUGAAAUUGAUUAAGAUUGUUAUAUAUUGUUAGAGGUUGAACGAUUGUCAUGGAUAAUUUUCUAAGACAAAUUGAAACAAAAUCCGAUAGAUAUACACUCCCCCUGCAUUCUUCACGAGAGCCAGCGCGAGUUCAACUCAUCUGACUAUGAAAGAAAUCAAUACUAAACAGAAACAACUUGCAAGUGCUCAAACGGAGGGACAAGGGACUUUUUACCUGAAUUCGAUUUUUUGCAUUAAACGUGUACAUUAUGGCAGAUCUCAUGGGCGUACCGGGCGGGGGCCGGGGGGGGGGCGGCAGCCCCUCCCCCCAGUUUGUUGGGCAAACAAAGCCAAUCGGGCAAUAUUCGCUUCACAUUCGGGCAAUAAUGCCCAAUUAUAAAAUAAAUGGGACAAAUUCUGUCAAUUUUGUGGGAAAUUCUGUCAAUUUUGUGGGAAAUAUGCUAUCUAAUAGGAAUUUUUCGUAAUCAUUCCCCCCCCCGGAAAUUUUUUUUACAACUCGGGCACAAUCCAAAGAAGUCGGGCAAAUUUCGUUCCGCCCCCCCUAUCUUUUUCCUUCCCGUACGCCUAUGGCAGAUCUAGACUUCGCAACAUACAUAAUUUUAUGGUAGAAAUAUGAAUAUUACAAGUAGGAUCAGAUAGUAUAGUUAAACAAAGCUUUCUAUAUAUGAGUCUAUAAGUUGUUUUUUCCUCUUUUCAACUUUAUGAUACAUCAGUCAAAUCUACAUAACAAAUCGCGAAAUGGGUAAUCAUAAUGCUAUUAUUAAUGCAUUUACCAAGAUUCCAUCCCUGUGGAUUGCCCAAUCGAAAGAACCAUUUUUGCCACAGUACAUUUACAGUCUGUGCAAGGACUAUAUUGGAACACCAGGACCGCGUAAGCGUUAUGAAAUGGUAAAGGUAAGAUUGACCUUAUCGUUCAAAAUAAGAUCGUUCAAGAAAAUGAAAAGAAAUGAACGUAUCAUGACCCGCUGGAAAGAGAGAGAGCUAUAA